AUGUGAAGUAAACGUGGGCAGCAGAGUGUUUGUUCGGACAGCAGAGGUCGUGUUUUCACCGUCUCCUCUGUGAACCGGAACGAUAUGGUUUCACCUUGGGUGCAUGUCGCUGUGGAGAGAGACACACACUUUGUUUUAGCUAGAAAUUUGACAUUCAAAUGAAAGAUAAAUGUCUCUGUAGUAUUGCAGCGCGUCUGACUGUUUUUCAAACAGAGAGGAAACAUGAAACAAGACGUCCGGAUACUUUUAUUGGGGGAGCCCAAGGUGGGAAAGACAUCACUCAUUAUGUCUUUGGUUGGAGAGGAGUUCCCAGAAGAGGUUCCAUCCAGAGCUGAAGAGAUCACUAUCCCUGCUGACGUGACUCCAGAGAAGGUGCCCACACACAUAGUGGACUACUCAGAAAAAGAGCAGUGUGAUGAAGUCCUUAGAGAUGAGAUCAUCAAGGCUAACGUGGUGUGUGUAGUGUAUGAUGUCACCAACGAAGACACGAUAGAAAAGAUCAAAACUAAAUGGAUACCUUUAGUUAACGGAAAUGCAGAGAAAGGGAACAAAGUUCCCAUCAUCCUUGUGGGAAACAAGUCUGAUCUGCGCUGUGGGAGCUCAAUGGAAACCAUUCUUCCCAUUAUGAACCAGUUCUCUGAGAUUGAGACAUGUGUUGAGUGUUCUGCAAAGAACCUGAAAAACAUUUCAGAGCUGUUCUACUAUGCACAAAAGGCAGUUCUUCACCCCACUGCCCCUCUUUAUGACCCUGAGGACAAACAGCUAAAACCAUUGUGUGUCCGAGCCCUUAGCAGAAUAUUCUACAUUUCGGACCAGGACAAUGACCGUAUCCUCAGUGACGCUGAACUCAACAGCUUUCAGAAAUCUUGUUUUGGGAAUCCUCUGGCACCUCAAGCCUUAGAAGAUGUGAAGACAGUAGUUUGGAAGAACACCAGCGAUGGGGUGCAGGACAGCGGCCUGACCCUAAAUGGUUUCUUGUUCCUUAAUACAUUAUUUAUCCAGAGGGGCCGACACGAAACCACGUGGACUAUCCUCAGGAGGUUUGGUUAUGACGACAACCUUGAGCUGACUGAUGAUUACCUUUACCCUGAACUACGAGUUCCCGUCGGCUGCACCACAGAGCUCAAUCAUUUAGGUCACCAGUUUCUCCAGCGGCUGUUUGACAAGUACGACGAAGACAAAGACUCUGCCCUGUCGCCGACAGAGCUCAGGAACCUAUUUUGCGUAUGUCCUUACAUGCCAUGGGGUGCAGAGGUCUAUAUGACCGUCCCAACCACAGACGAGGGCUACAUCUCUAAUCAUGGCUACCUUUGUCAGUGGACGCUUUCUGCAUACCUUGACAUCCACCGUUGCCUGGAGCACCUAGGAUACCUAGGCUACCCUAUCCUCACUGAGCAGGAGUCACAGAUUGGCGCAAUCACAGUAACACGGGAGAAAGAGGUGGACCUGGAGAAGUGCCAGACACAUCGGUCAGUGUUUCUCUGCAAAGUGAUCGGACCACGGGGAACAGGCAAGACAGCCUUUCUCCAGGCCUUUGUGGGCCGCAGCGUUGUGGGGAAUUCCAGCAGUGCCUUCUCACCCUAUGCCAUAAACACUGUCCGAGUCAGCAACCAGGAGAAGUACCUUAUCCUCAAUGAGGUGGAUGUGGAGGUGGACUUCCUGAAGGCAUCAGACGCCUCCUGUGAUGUUGCUUGUCUCAUGUACGACACCAGUGACCCACAUUCCUUUGACUAUUGUGCCAGUAUAUACAAGCAGCACUACAUGGAGAGCAACAUCCCAUGUGUGCUGGUCGCCUCCAAGGUGGACGUUCCUGAGGUCAAGCAAUUCCACGGGAUGACUCCAGCAGAGUUCUGUUAUAAACACCGACUGCCUCCGCCGCUGCCCUUCUCCAGCCUGUUCCUUGACUCCACCAGCAAGAACAUCUACACCAGGCUUGCCUGGGCAGCAAUGUACCCACACCUAAAUGGUUCAGACAUGAGCAACACUUCAUUCUGGCUGAGAGUGGCGUUGGGGUCGGCUGUGGUUGCAGUUCUGGGAUUUGCCAUCUACAGAGCUGUUGCCAGACUGAAAUGAUCAACAACCAGCUGAGCUUCUUUUUAUUUUAUUUUAUUUUAUUUUUUUCAAGCCUGACACUCUAUACAUACAUCCAUCAAGACCAAACCUCCGAGACCAGAGCCAAAACCACCGCAGUCUGAACAAGACCUAGUCUGCAUCAUUUUACUUUUUACCCUGAAGGCUCCCUGGAAACUCUUCAUAUCUAUCCUUCUUAGUGUCUGACUUUUUCACUUUCUCCUAUGCUCUGAGUCAGUUGAUUGCAACAGUCCAAAGGCAAUUGGAAGCUAGUGAUUAUAUUAUUCCCCAUGCUGCUGUGCCCAGCUUUUUCUGCCUUACAUUGUCCAACCAGGCUAAGUAGGAGUUAGCCUGUCAGCGCUCGGUGCAUUGAUACAUGAAGAACUGUUCAUGUCCAACAGGUGCUUUAUCAGAGGGGAGGAAAUGCAGGAAGACAGUUGCGUCUAAUCUAUUGCUUUCCCCUCAAUUAUCUGUUAAAUGUUAAUGGUGAGAUUGGAGAAGUUUUAUAUACAUGCAGUGUUUCCUAAGCAUAAUGUAGAAAAAUGCCAAAUUGACUAGACUGAGGAACCAAAGGGGUAGCACAUUAAGCAUUUUUAACAGAGCAAACAUCCUGAAUGGCUGCCAUUGAAUCUCUGGCUGGAACUCCUCAAUGAACAACACUUCCUUUUGACCAUGCCACCACAGAUACAAGAUUUUUAUAUCUGAUUUGCCAAAUAACUCCAGCAGCAAUGAGUAGUGAUAGCAUGUUAUUUACCCCUUAGGCAUAUUAUUUUGCCUGAGAAUGAAACAUUUUAAUGUUUUUAGCAGUAAGGCCUCCACUGAUCUGCUGUGGCAGGGAGAGAUGUGCAUGAAGAAACAUGGCAGUUUGUUUAUGCAUCUGCAAGUAGUCAGAAAAUAUUUUUCCUAUAAAAGGAGGCCGAGCAAACCUCCAAAAAUGACAAAAUGUUAAAGAAAAAUCUGGUCAAAUUUAUCUCUGCUUACGCUCAGUUUCCCUCUGUUCACAUUGAAAUUGAAUUAAUUAAUUUUUAUUCAGAUUGAAAUUGAUUGAUGAUCUGUGCUUUUUUUUUCUAUUUACAUACACCUGACACUGUGCAUACACUUUGACCUUGUUACAUAAUCUGCCAUUGUAUCAUUUUCCAAAAUGAGUCAGUCAUGUUAAUGUCUGUUUUGUUGCUUAAUUUAGCUGGGGGCCUGCUGCUCCUGCAGGAUACACUUGUGUGACUUUUGAAAUAUGGCUGUUUUCUUACUGAAAGUGAACUGAUUUAGAUGCUUAAUAAAAGACCAGACCAGA